CUUUGAGUGGCAUCAUUAGGAUAACCAAGGACGACUCAUCGUUUUCACCUGCAUUCUCCAGCUAAUGGUCACGCUAAAUCGUCUUUAUUCCUCCAAUGCUACCUCAUCACUCACUCAUCCCAAAUGAACCGUGCGGCUGCAGAUCUCUGUAUAGUCUCCUUUCCUUCACCGGAGUCACGUUUAAGGCAGAUGCCUACUUGUGUCUCCUGUGUUACCGUCUCGUACAUCCGUCUUACUUGGCCGGAACGAAUCCUUGCCUGAUAUUCUCUCAUCCCGCGUUCUCAGGCUUCAGCCUGUCGGUGCAUCCCUUGACCUCCGCACAUCCAAUCCCCUUCCAGACUGUAGCUGGUACUGAAGCCUUCAGUUACCACUACAUACUCGCUGCAGAAUAGAUUCAGGUUUCGGAUUCGGGCAAAGUGAGGCGAACUAUAUUCUCCAGAAACUCAACUCAGCCUUGUCCCCUUGGCGGCUCUAUAAAACUAUGCUGCGCCUGGUCAGUGUGAAGCUGAAGCUGGCGAAGUGCGAUUCACCGCAAUGUCAAUUACAACAUAGCCGUGAGGC